AACCAAACACCAUACUCGAUCUUUCACUUCCAAACCCUAGCAUUCCAAACAUUUUCGAAAAACAAGUUACGCAGAUUUGAAUGUUUUUAUUUUUUAUUUCAUUAUCUACCGUAGAUUCAUUUAAUCAACGGCGUUGAUCGAAUUACCAUUUUCAACAGCCCUCAAAAGCUUUAGAUUCUGAGUUUUUGAUCGAUUUGUUCAGUUAUGGCGUCUCGAAACCAGAACAGACCUCCGCGGAGUCCGUAUUCUAAGAAAGAGGGAGAUAUUCCGUUGGAUAAGAAAAGGAAGAUAGAAGCUGGGAGGAUGGCGGCCACGAAUACUCGAAGCACUCGUCGGGCGUUUGCAGUUGUUAAUAAGCAAGAUGUUUCAGCUGCAAGUGAUAUGGGAAGCACUGAGGGCUCAGAAAGCGGAGAUGUAGAGUUUACAAAAGAAGAAGCUGAAGCCCUGUUGAAUGAGAAGCCCAAAGCAAAGAAAUUUGAUCUUAAGGCCAAAAUGGAGCAAAUGAUAGAGCACAACAAAAGGCUCAGGCUUUGUGUAAGAUGGUUUUUGAAAGUUGAUGGAAAUCACAUUCUCGAGAAGGAAAAUAUUCGAAAAGAACUUGAAUGUGCAGAGAAAAAAUGCUAUGAUACCGAAAUGGAGAUGAAAAAUAGGGAGGCUGAGUUCAAUACAACUAUUAUGGAGUUGAGAGAAGAAAGUGGCUCUCUACAAGAGAAAGUAGCAAAGGAAGAAUCUGAGAAGAUAGAUGCAAUUGAAAAUCAUAGAAAGGAAAAUAAAGCUAGGAUUUCUGUUGAAAAGUUGCAAGCUUCCCUCACGGAACAGCUUGAAAAAGCUCAGCAAGAUACUGAAGCUGCCAACCAGAGGGCUUCCUCCCUUGAUGAUAUGUACAAGCGUUUGCAGGAGUACAACCAGAGUCUACAGCUUUACAAUGCUAAACUGCAGAAAGAUCUUGAAACAGUGAAUGAAUCACUCAAAAAGAUAGAAAAGGAGAAGUUGACUAUUGUGGAAAAUCUAAGUGCUUUAAGAGGUCACUAUAAUUCAUUGCAAGAUCAACUGACUCUGUCCAGAACUUCUCAAGCUGAGGCUGUAAAUCAGAAAGAAUCAUUAGUUAAUGAAGUCAAAUGCCUUCGAGGAGAAUUACAACAAGUAAGAGAGGAUCGUGAUCGCCAGGUAGUGCAGGUGCAUGCCUUAACUGCUGAAAUAGCAAAGUACCAAGAAAGUACGGGAAAAUCUUUAACAGAGUUGGAUUGCUUGACAACAAAGUCAAAGACCCUAGAGGAGACAUGUUCUUACCAAAGGGAACAAAUACGAAUUUUGGAGCUUCAACUGUCUGCUGCAAAUGAAAAACUAAAGAGGGCUGAUUUUUCAGCUUUGGAAACGCAAACACAAUUUGAAGAUCAAAAGAAAACUGUACACGAACUGCAAGAUCGGUUGGUAGAUGCUGAACGUCAACUUACUGAAGCAGAGAAAUUAAGAAAAAAAUUGCACAAUACAAUUCAGGAGCUCAAAGGGAACAUUCGAGUGUUUUGCCGAGUUCGUCCUUUGCUGCCAGAUGAUGGUGUUGGGACAGAUGCCUCAGUCAUCUCUUAUCCUACAUCAGUGGAAGGCCUUGGCCGGGGCAUUGACUUAAUACAAAGUGGGCAAAAGAUUCCGUUCACAUUUGACAAAGUAUUCAGUCAUGACGCUUCCCAACAAGAUGUCUUUGUUGAAAUAUCGCAGUUGGUACAGAGUGCCCUUGAUGGCUAUAAGGUAUGCAUAUUUGCUUACGGUCAGACAGGUUCAGGUAAAACAUAUACCAUGAUGGGUAGGCCAGAAGCUCCUGAGCAAAAAGGAUUGAUUCCACGUUCAUUGGAACAGAUAUUCCAAACUAGUCAAUCACUCUCAGCACAAGGUUGGAAAUAUAGAAUGCAGGCCUCAAUGUUGGAAAUCUACAAUGAGACUAUCCGAGAUUUACUGACAGUGAAUAAAUCUAGUGGUUUAGAUUUGGCACGUGUUGAAAAUGGUGUUCCUGGAAAGCAAUACACCAUUAAACAUGAUGCUAACGGGAAUACACAUGUCAGUGACCUCACCGUUGUUGAUGUUAGCAGUAUAUCAGAGAUUUCUUCUCUUUUACGGCAGGCUGCACAAAGCAGGUCUGUGGGUAAGACACAAAUGAAUGAGUACUCAUCAAGAAGUCAUUUUGUAUUUACAUUAAGAAUAUCUGGGAUAAAUGAGACAACUGAACAACAGGUUCAGGGUGUGUUAAACCUCAUUGAUCUUGCUGGAAGCGAGCGACUAUCAAAGAGCGGAGCUACUGGAGACCGGUUGAAGGAAACUCAGGCAAUAAAUAAAAGUUUAUCAUCUUUGAGUGAUGUUAUAUUUGCAUUGGCGAGGAAGGAGGAUCAUGUUCCAUAUAGGAACUCCAAGUUGACAUACCUUCUUCAGCCUUGUCUAGGUGGGGACUCAAAAACCUUAAUGUUUGUUAAUAUAUCACCCGAUCCCUCGUCAAUGGGUGAAUCGCUUUGUUCUCUGCGAUUCGCUGCUAGAGUGAAUACAUGUGAAAUUGGGGUCCCUCGGCGCCAAACGUCUCUGCGAUCUGCUGCUGAUAGUCGCUUGAGUUGCGGUUGAAUGUGAAUGUUUUCGUUUCAUAAUUUGUAGGUUAGCAAUUGUUAUUGACAAGGGAGAUUGAUGUUUGUGAUGCAUUGGUUUGAUAUCAUUAAUCUCAGCCAAUGUGUGUUGUUCUGAUGAGAAUUGGUAGAGCUUAUUAACAUGUACACCUGAAUGUUGUACGACAAAGUUCAUUUGGUGGUGAACCCAAUGUAGAAGUAGUUAUGUUGGAGACAUUCAAUUGAUUAUCUGUCUAACACUGCUUAAUUGAUCAACAAUUGUAAUAUAUUUUAUUGACUUGAUUAAUGGCCAAUUAGUUAUCAUGA